AUGGACGACUUCAGCCACGGGGCCAUCCCGGCGUCGGGGCCCGGCCUCUUCUCGCAGGAGGCGUCGCAGCGGCGCGCCUGGUCGCGGAAGGAGGACGACGCGAUCAUGCGGCUCGUGUCCAAGCACGGGACGAAGCGCUGGGCGGUCUCGGGCUUCCGGAGCGGCAAGCAAUGCCGCACGCGGUGGCUCAACCACCUGGACCCGGGGAUCAAGCGCGAGCCCUGGAGCGAGCACGAGGAGAACGUCAUCUACGAGGCGCAGCAGCGGCUCGGGAACAAGUGGGCGGAGAUCGCGAAGCUGCUGCCCGGGCGCACGGACAACGCGAUCAAGAACCACUGGUACAGCACGAUGCGGCGG